ACUGGAAUGAGAUGUUUGAUCUGCGAGUAAAUGAAGAUAGCAUCCUUGCCAUCCAGAUCUUUGACCAGAAGAAAUUCAAGAAGAAGGACCAAGGGUUCCUCGGUGUGAUCAAUGUACGGAUCGGUGAUGUGAUAGAUUUGCAAAUGGGCGGUGAUGAGAUGCUCACUCGAGACUUGAAGAAGUCCAACGACAAUCUUGUCGUGCAUGGCAAACUCAUCAUCAAUCUUUCCACCAACCUGAGUACACCCAAUACCAACCAAGCAAACGGCUUACACCGGUCACAUAUGCAGCAAUCAACUUCUAGCGGGCUUGUGCCACAGGUAUCGGCAUCGACUCCGCAGCCGUCUCCCGGCCCAAGUCAAGCUGACCCAACUGCGUCGAAUCCAUCUCUCCACCCUCAGCGUGUCCCAUCAACUACGCGGCCUAGCAGUACGAUUGUACCUGCCAAUGGCCCGCCUGCUCCGCCCAAUGGUCAGCAAGGUUCUCGCACAAACCUUAGUUCGUUCGAAGAUAGCCAAGGACGACUGCCAGCCGGCUGGGAGCGACGAGAGGAUAAUUUGGGACGGACAUACUAUGUGGAUCACAACACGCGGACGACCACUUGGACCCGACCGUCAAACAACUACAACGAGCAUACGUCACGCACGCAGCGGGAGGCCAGUAUGCAGCUUGAGCGGAGAGCCCACCAAAGUCGUAUGCUCCCGGAGGAUCGUACCGGUGCGAGCUCACCCAACCUGCAGGAGAACCAGCAACAGGCUCAGACCCCGCCGGCCGGUGGCAGCGCCAGUGCUGUUUCUAUGAUGGCUACGGGAGCGACCACCGCUGGCACUGGCGAGCUUCCGCCGGGAUGGGAGCAACGGACUACCCCCGAAGGACGGCCGUAUUUUGUCGACCACAACACUCGCACCACGACAUGGGUGGAUCCGCGACGACAGCAGUACAUCCGGAUGUAUGGCCAGAAUGCCAACGGCACCAAUACCACCAUUCAACAGCAGCCAGUGUCCCAACUGGGGCCGUUGCCCAGUGGUUGGGAGAUGCGCUUGACGAAUACUGCACGUGUGUACUUCGUCGACCACAACACGAAGACGACCACCUGGGACGAUCCCCGUCUGCCGUCGUCCCUGGAUCAAGGCGUCCCGCAGUACAAGCGUGACUUUAGACGUAAACUGAUCUACUUCCGGUCACAGCCCGCUUUGAGAAUCAUGUCCGGACAAUGUCACGUCAAGGUACGACGUAACAACAUCUUCGAGGAUUCCUACGCCGAGAUCAUGCGGCAGAGUGCCUCGGAUCUGAAGAAGCGCUUGAUGAUUAAAUUUGACGGUGAAGACGGGUUGGAUUAUGGUGGUCUGUCCCGUGAAUUCUUUUUCCUUCUCUCUCACGAAAUGUUUAACCCCUUCUAUUGUCUUUUCGAAUACUCCGCACAUGAUAAUUAUACCCUGCAAAUUAAUCCUCAUUCGGGCGUUAAUCCGGAGCAUCUGAACUACUUCAAGUUCAUUGGACGUGUUGUUGGAUUGGCCAUUUUCCACCGCCGUUUCCUUGACUCAUUCUUUAUUGGAGCGUUCUACAAGAUGAUGCUCCGGAAGAAGGUGUCGCUGCAAGAUAUGGAGGGUGUUGACGAAGAUCUGCACCGCAAUCUGACUUGGACUUUGGAUAAUGAUAUCGAGGGCAUUAUAGAGUUAACGUUCGCGGUUGAUGACGAGAAGUUCGGAGAGCGCCGCACGAUCGACCUCAAGCCGGGUGGUCGGGAUAUUCCUGUUACCAACGAAAACAAGGGAGAAUACGUUGAGUUGGUCACUGAGUGGAAGAUUGUGAAACGGGUUGAGGAGCAGUUCAACGCCUUCAUGUCAGGCUUCAAUGAACUGAUCCCUGCUGAUUUGGUCAACGUCUUUGAUGAGCGGGAGUUGGAAUUGCUGAUUGGAGGUAUUGCGGACAUUGACGUUGAUGACUGGAAGAAGCACACCGACUACCGUGGCUACCAGGAGUCGGAUGAGGUGAUCCAGAACUUCUGGAAGAUUGUCCGCAGCUGGGAUGCGGAACAGAAGUCCCGUCUGCUUCAGUUCACUACCGGAACAUCCCGUAUCCCAGUUAACGGGUUCAAAGACCUGCAGGGUUCCGACGGACCGAGACGGUUCACCAUCGAGAAGUCUGGCGAUCCGGGGGCGCUGCCCAAGUCCCACACAUGGUACGUUUCCCCUCUCGGCGUUAUAGCCAUCGCGAAUGCUUAGCUGACUGUUUUUGUAGCUUCAACCGUCUUGAUCUUCCU